CAAAUUUCAAAGGACUUCCUGGGGAAAAGGACGCGAAAAGAAGAACAACAGCGAUUAAAUAACCAAUAAAUAUCCCGGUUUGCAAUUGCAUUUCUUCUUAAAAGGGGUGGAGACCGUGGGACGUCAUGACACACCUUGUAGGCACAACUUUCUGUUUAGUCUGAAUCGUGACCUAGAUUUUUAUCACACGCGUUGGCCCCGUGUUUUAUAUCCCACAUACAUUUGCAUUAUAUGAGUAUGAUGAAUUAGACUAUUUUAAACAUCAGCAUUCCUUUUAUAUACAAUUUUAAAACCAAUAUCCCUCCACCUGUUUGUAAUAUUAGUAAAGUUAUGUUUACGCAUCACAUUACGCUCGUAUUUUAAACGUGAUAUUUAAGCUUUCACCAUUUGAAACUAACCCGCUUUAAAAAAGAAACAAAGUCAAAAUGUGCCCAGUCUGACAGACAGCAAACCGCUUCCCAAGUUAAGCACAGGGUCAGGGUUUUAGUCUGGCUGACUCGGUCGCAUUUGGGAGAGGGGUUGUUGGGAGGCGACAGCGAUGCUGUCCGAAGUUCAGCCCUGCUUUCAGCUCCUGAGAAUCGGCUCCUCAACGACCAACGACGCACUGCCAGACUCAUCCCGGGACUUGUACACGUUUCGCCCAGCCCUCACUCACUCGGUGUUUAGGCUCGGCCGUGCAGCAGAGCUGUGCGACGUGACCCUAGAUGCAGUCAACGUGUCACGUAUCCACGCGGAGCUGCAUGCCGAGAAGGUGACAGCCGUGAAUGGAGAGGAGGGCUGGAAAGUGCUCGUCAAGGACAAGAGCAGCAAUGGCACUUGGGUCAACGAUGCACGCCUGCAGCCCGGUGUGCAGUGGGAGCUUUCCGACGGUGACACCCUGGCCUUUGGCGGCCAAUCGGAGCAGGGCAGCCCCGACUUCUACUUCCUGUUCCAGAAGGUGUGCGUGCGGCCGCUUGACUUCGACGCCAUCACCCUGCCCAAGGCUGGCGGUGGCUCCUUCUCCUCAGACCUCCAGAACCGCAUCCGCACCAGCCUGGAGCGCAAGGUGGAGCCCCAGCUGGACCUGUCGCGGCUGUCCAUCAAGCGGGCCACGGUGAUCCUCAACUCAAUUGGCAGCCUGAGCAAGAUGAACGGCAGCAGCUGGACCUUCCGGCGCUCCACCGACUGCACCCCGACGCCCACCCCCACCUCCAGCCGGGUGGGCAGCCCCACGCCAGCCUCCCUGGCCCAGUCCCUGGUGCCCCCUUCCACGCCACCCCCUCCGGCCAGCGUGCACCCGCACCGGCCCGCCACCUCCUGCAGCACCUCGGCCAAGAGCCGCCGCAAGUCGGCCCACACCGUGCUGCUGGAGGACGACAGCGCCGACGAGCAACGCGGUCAGUCAGGCAGCGGCGUCACCACGGCGGGCGAGGCCCGUCUCAGGGGCCGCAAGAGGCGCCGUCUCUACAAGUCCGAAUCCGAGGCGCCGCCACCUCCUAACAUACACUACCACCACCACCACCCCCACCAGCCCUCGCUCGCUGUGGCGCCCAUCGCCAAGCCCGAGCCCAGAGCCGCCGGCACCGCCCUGCCUAGGCCUCACAUCAACAUCAGCGCCUACCACGGCCACAUCCACCACCACCAGCACAACAGCAGUAGCAACCACAGUCACGUCGUCGAGGGGCGGGUUGCGCCGCAGUUUGUGGCCAACAACAUCCUGGUGCGACGCAGCAGUGCCGAGCCCAUUCGCGCCUCCAUGGGCGGGAGAGGCGGAGGAGGGGCCGUGUACCGAGGGCAGAGGGCCGAGCUGCAGCAGAAGGGGAUGUCUCCGGCCGCAGCUGCGCGAGGGGGCAGGAGGAGGGCGUCGGCACCCUCGCCCAUGUACUCCCCCCUGGUGGUGGGAGGGGAGAGCUACAACCUGGCCUCGCCCUCCGUGCGGCUGGCCAGGGGCGGCAGGGAGAGGAACCAGUUCUCCAGAUUCCAUGUCACUACAGGGAAGCGGCGCGGCAGACCCAGGAAGCACCCUCUGCCUCCUCGCCCCUCCCUCCCCUCCCCCACCUCCUCCUCGUCCUCCUCAUCCUCCUCCUCCUCUUCUUCUUCCUCCUCGUCUUCCUCCUCCUCUUCCGAGGAUGACGAGGAGGAUGAAGAGGAGCGUGGGCAGACGGGUGCGGUGGAGGCGUGUGCGGCGGGCAUGAGGUGCCGGCUUCCCCAGCAGGACACGGUGCAGUGGAUCCAGUGCGACGACUGCGACGGCUGGUACCACGUGGACUGCCUGCGCUGCGCCCGCGCCUCCCUCCUGCUCGACCCCAACGCUGACUUCCACUGCGGAUGCCGCUGAGGGGAUUCGAACCCCACCAACCCCCUCUCUUCUCCACCACCCUGUACCAUCCUCCUCCUCCUCCUCACAUAAACACAAGCUCGACCCCAACGCUGACUUUUACUGCGGAUGCCUCUGACGGGAUUCGAACCCCAAUCAACGCCCUCUCUCCACCCCCCCAAUACCAACGUCCUCUCUACCUCCUCCUCACAUAAGCACAUGCUCAAACCCAAUGCUGAUUUAACACUGUGGAUGCUGCCGAGGCUUUGAACCAUCAGCCCAUUGGCGUAGCCCAAAAACACAGACAUGCCCAUAGUACUAUCAUACAAUCAUAUUCUGAUACUCACACUUGCACAGGCACACUAUCAUACAAUCAUAUUCUGAUACUCACACUUGCACAGGCAUGCUAGUACACUCACACACAAUUAGACUCACUUGUACACUUGCACAUACCACACAUAUUCCUUCCAUUUAUAUGCAGUGCCAGAGAUGUUUACUUGUUCAAUUUAUAGAGCAAGGCUUAUGCUUCUACUAUUGAUGUCCAUAGAGGAUGUGAGUUUCAUAGCUUUUGAGGCCUCCUUUAUGUUCUAUAAUGAACAAAUCAACAUGUCUGAUUCUGAGACAGACAC